AUGGGCCAAAGCAGCUUCACUUGGGACAUGCAGUUGCCGUCCAACAGCCGCACGUUCAUGCACCAGGUGGCUCGCAAUUUCGCCUCACGUGUUGAAGCAUUAGGCUUCGAGCAAGUCGAGUGGUGGAAUGGUCGGGAAUGGAGCAAGCAAAGCCGUCAGUAUCACAUCGUUCAUGACCCGGUCUAUGAGAAGUAUCACAUGAAGAUUCGCGUGCGGUGGCUUGACAGGCUGCCACCCGAGGAGGAUUCUUCCGCUCCCAGGCGUCAAGUCACUCCACAACCAGGCUUUGCAACUCCAAGUGCAGAGCAGGGUGUGGUCGAGCAGGUCUCGAACUGGCUGGAAAUGCAGAGGCAGAUGCUAGAGCAACAGCUACGCCCCGACCAGGUCCCGCCUUCUGCUGACGCUCACAACACAACUGCCACCCUGUAA